AUGAGCUCGCUAUUACUGCGUCGCAGCACGUCUUCAUUGACCAUAGCAAGUCUUCGUGCAUGCGCAUCUCUACACACUUCAUCUAGCGUUUUCAACUCUCGAAUUUCCAGUCUGAAUGGAUCAAAUUCCAUACGUCCAUCUCUCAUCUCUUCUCGUACUCCAACUUUCAUCCCUCACUCAUCACUCAUAAUACUACAACAAUCAUCCUUUUCAUCUAAACGAAAGUCAUGGCAAAGCAGUAACGAUUGGAAGUCUAAACUCAAGACUGGAGGCCUCAUACUACUCGGUACAAGUGCACUCAUCGCCUCAACGUCAUUAGCGUUCGGAGUUGUAAUUAUUGGAGCAGCAGGAUUUGGAAUGUAUACUUUAUACAAGCGAAUCUUUCGUCCCUUUCAAUCCGAAAACAACACUAUCAACUCGAAUCUUGACAUACUAAACGAUAUGUUCAAUCGUAAACGACAACGUCAAAAGGUACAAGUUUCAAAUGAUCUGGAAUCACUUGUACAUGAUAUGCCAUUUCUCGUUCGAGGAUUUGUCAAAACGAUCUUUUCAGUUCUUGGUCAAACAAUGCAAAAUUCAAUGGCAAGAGCAGGAGAAGUACGACGUCGUACGAAUGAAUACUUGCAACGAAAUGAACGUAUAUGUGAAGAAAUGGGAAAUGAUGUGAGUGUUGGAGGACCGGAAACGUGGAUCGAGACAACUGUGAAUGGAAUUGGAAGCAUUGAAGCGAAGUUUCCGGUUAAUGGAGCGUAUGGGUCUACGCAUGUGAUAAUGAAAGCUUCGAUUGAUUUAGAAGGCAAGUUGAAAUUCACGGAACUUAAAUAUUACAAUCGUCAAAGUGGAAUCAAGAUUGAUCUCUUGCGUGAUUCUUCGGUAAAUGGACGACGUAAGACUGUCAUUGAUGCUGAAUAUGUUGAUUUAAAUCAAGAUAGUCGAGCUCGAUGGUAA